GCGGAAACUUCAAUAUUGAGAUGAGUGACAAUUGACUCUUACUUCAUACUGAUCGCAUAUUGCUUGAUUUUUGUUCAAAUUACUGUGUUUGUGAUGAAUUAAGAACAUUUGACUUAAAUGUCUCGCAAUAAAGCAAAAAAAUCGUCGAAGACAGGCGGGUUUGGAUCAGUGCAGAAGAGAGUGAAUUCCGUUUCUCGACGGGUUGAUGACUUCUACGAUCGCCUGGAUGUUUCGUCAUCAAUUACAGCACCAGAAAGAAAGGACAAUUAUGACAACUGUGUAAAAUUAAAGGAUGAAAUUGAACAACUGUCCAAUGAGCUCUUCAGUCUCUCCAAGGCUGAUAAUGAAGGCUCCUCACAAGAUUUUAAUCUACAGAAAAGGAAAGAACAGCAAAAGUUGGAACAUUUGAAGAGCAAACUGGACAGAAUAUCUGAACAGCUUGAACCCGAUGAAAUCGAAGAGGAUUAUUUCAGAAAGAUGCAAGAAGGUGAUGUUGGUGCCUCCAACAGUGAUUUACUGACGGAUAAAGCUGAUGAUGAUGACACGCGCAUGCCCGAUAGUGAAGACGACGAUGAAGGUGAAGAAGGAGAAGACGAAGAUGAUGAAAGUGAAGAGGACACUUCCUCCAACAUAGUAAUGGUCCGCAAGGUCGAGGCUUUGAGUGAUUUUACAGGGGAGCAGGAUGGCGAUCUCAGUUUUAAGAAGGGAGAGAUUCUAACAGUCAUCAAAACAAGUGAAGAUGGAUGGUGGGAAGCAGAAAACACUGCCGGCAAACAAGGUGUUGUCCCUAAAACCCUUCUCAAGAUUAUCGAAGAAAACGAAGAAACCUCGCCAGUGAAACAAAGGGAUGAGCAAUCCGCUGAAAUAAAGAAAGAGUCAGCAGAUAAAGUUCCGGAGCUUUCCACCAGAAAAAGUGGAUUGGAUUUGUGGAAAAGUCUAGCCAAAAGUUCAACGCAACAGACUAGUGCCACAGACGUGUUGAAAGCUAUGGGUGCCAUGCCAAGUGGUUUCCGAUCAACAACGCUUGGAAAACUGGCCAAAGAAGAAAUCUGGCAAACAAGCUCUUGGGUGAUGCCAAAACUAAGCCAGUCUAAUGUAGCAUUCAGAGACAUAACUUGGGAUCCCGUCAAUAAACAGCUGCGACCACGAACGGCAAAAACCAACAGGGUUCUUCAAGUGUGCAGUGCACGAAUGAUACCAUCAAUAGGAUCAGGUGUUGAAGUUAUAAGCCAACAUGUGAGGAUUGUGAUUUGGGAUAACAGCAAGAAACAGCCUCUUAGCAAUGUUCAUUCAGUCCGCGCAACUACGACGGAAAAAGAUCCAGCGUCAUGGAACUUUAACCCAAAGUGUUCUACCAGUGUCUACGACUCUGAGAUUCUGGCUCGUAUUAAUUCUAAUGACGAUUCCCAAGUUAUCCUUUUUGAAUUGAACAUACUUUAUAGAAGAACGUCCACUGGUGAGAAAGGUGAAGUGGCAUGUGGUUGGUGUGCAAUUAAACUGUUUGAAGAAAACGGAGCACCGGUGCCUAACAAGACUUACGAAAUCCAUCUUAAUGGUGGAACACCGUUUGACAUUGGGGUCGACCUGGAUCCUUCAGUCAGUUUGAAAGCCAGCACCAGUCGCUUCCAACAAGUUGUCCGAACCAAUCGCCAGCCGAGGUUGACAGUGAAACUCGUUUCUUUUCCAAGUCAACGAAGAGACAUAUACGACAUGUUACCAGACACUUUAUUGACAUGUCACACAUAUGCUCAGUUCAUUUCUUUGUACCGCCAAUUGCUGACUGAGAUUAUCAUGUACGAGUUGCGGGACAGUCAAGAUGCAGGUUUUGUUAUGGAUCCUGUUAUAUCAACAUUUCCAAAAAUUCUCUAUACUCAUGAUGUGAUGGAUGCUCUCAAGCGCUGCUGGGACGAGAAAAGCAAGCGAGCACUCAAGCGAUCCCAACGAAGAGACGAAGCACACAUGAGAAGAUUCUUCAGGGAGGUCUACAUGGACAGUGUAUUUCCAAUUUUAAACUCCACUGAAUUACCGCCGUACAUUUGGGGCAACGAUGAGAGAGAAAAGGAUAGACUUCAAUGGAUUAUAGGCCACUGUGAUAAACGAACAGCCGUGGAAAGUUUACUGUCACCAAACAGACUCUACAAACCGUUCAACGUGGACCGCUUUACUCUUGAUAUGUCUAAGCUAACGUGACACUGAAGUGUUUACCGAAUCCUAACAUGUUACAGUAAAUUCAACUCUAAAAAUAUUUUCAGCGGUUGAAGCAGUAUCUCCUUGGAAAUAAUUAACACUUAUUUUCAUAUUAAUUUAUUGCCAAGUUAGGUGAAUUUUUAAAUUUGAUGGAAACUGGACAUAGCUAAAUGAAUAUUAUAUUAUUUACAUAUUA